UAGAUAGACUUUUUCCUCUCCACCUCCACCAUCGCGUUCCUGUACCUUGCCUCUUCCACGCGGAUCCAUUCCUAAUCCUCCCCCACGCUGCUCUCAUGCUCUGACGCACCAAAGCUCCAAUCCAGCCCAAUGCGGCUCUAAGAUCUCUCCCAUAUACCACCACCACCACCACCAAGAUCCGCCCCGAGGCGGGGUUCUUGUGAGCUCGAUGAGCAGCCAGGGAUUCGGUCCCGGGAGCCCCAAGUCGUUCCGCUACCCUAGAGCUGACUACGAUCUCGAGUCCGGGAUCGCCCGCAAGGGCCGCAAGCCAAAGAACCAGCACCUCGACUCGCCUGGCGCCCUGAGCUCCGUCCUGAUGAAGAUCCGCAUCUUCUACGAGGCGCACCCUGUCGCGGUUGCCCUCAUCCUGCUGUCUUUCGGGCUAAGCGUCCUGAUCCUCCUGUCCGUGUACGAGACCCGGUUCAGAGCGAUGAGGAGCGGCAUCAAUGAGGUCGGGUCGUAUCCAUUUCCGGACCUCCGCAACCUUGUCAUGGUGGCUGGGCAUUCGAUUUACACGAGCGCGAGCUGCGGCAAGCUUGACCGCGAGGAUUCGUGGUUCUUGGAGCCAUACCAGAAGCACCCCGGUCAGGCGGCCACGUUCUUGGCGCAUAUCAAGGAGGGGGUGGACAUCGCUGCGAGGGAUCAGGGCGCUCUCCUGUUGUUUAGCGGUGGGGAGACGAGGAAAGAUGCAGGGCCGAGGAGCGAGGCGCAGAGCUACUGGGCAAUUGCAGAAUCGAAAGGCUGGUUUGGAAAUGAUGAGAGUGUAAGGAGCCGGGCACUCACCGAGGAGCAUGCACGAGACAGUUUUGAAAACCUCCUAUUCAGCAUUUGUCGUUUCAGAGAACUCACUGGAACAUACCCACAAAACAUAACUGUCGUAAGCUAUGAUUUUAAGGAGGAAAGGUUUGCGCAAUUGCACAGAUCCGCGCUCGGGUUCCCAGAAGGAAGGUUCUUCUUCACAGGUACCCCAGCUACACCUACAGCAAGGGAGGCUGCUGUGAAAGGUGAAGCCUCUGUCAGGUCUCAGUUCCAAGAAGAUCCAUAUGGCUGCCUAGGUUCUCUUCAUGUAAAGAGGCUCAAGAGAGACCCAUUUCAUCGGACUAUCCCCUACCCUGAUGGCUGCCCCGAGUUGAAGAGCCUGUUCUCCUAUUGCGGUCCGGUGCCUUACUCUGGUAACCUUCCUUGGGAUCAAUAGUGGGGAAAGACAAGAUGUUUACAUCAUGUUCACGUCGAACAUAUAGUCUCACCAUAAAAUCUCAAUGCUCUUGUUUUGCACCUGAUUUGAAGCUGACAGAAUAGAUAUCUCCAAUCCUGUCAUCUGUGCGAGGGAGAAGAGAAGAUCUAAGCUACACUAGUUAGAUUGUUUUCAUAAUGGAAACAUGUCCCAUGGUCGAUAUAUAGUUCAUUUUUCUUGUCUCGGGUAUCCACUAAAACUGUGAAUUUGUUAAUACACAUGUUCUGUACAACUAGCAACGGAAGCAAAUGAACUGAGAAUUUGUGUUUGAGGAAGAAUCUUCUGUGCUGUGCUGGUAACUAUGCAA